AUGAAAGGGCUGCGUUCUACCGAUCGAGCUGUGCACGCGCAGGACGCGAAGGCUGCGCGUAUGCUGAAUUUCCGGAAAGAGUUCCAGUUAGCUGAAGGCCUGGUCAUCAUCCAAGCCCUCCCCAUUCCCCUUAUCGACCAAACUACCGAGCUGCUCGCCUCGUCUUUCGUGGCAUCAAUCACGCAUCUGGCGCCGUACGCGUCGUACGUACGCCGCAAUAUCGCACGAUAUCUGCGGGAGCACCAGGCCAUGGCGCCGGAUGCGCUAAUUCUCGUGGCGGUGCUGCAACCUUGUGUAACAGAGCCAGCUGUAGCCGGGGAAGCAGCUGUAGCUGAGGCACCCGACGCGGCGGCAGUGCAAGCAAACAGCACAGACGUUGUUUCCGCUGGUGAUGCGUCCGGUAUGCAUCAUCAAUCGUCGACCUCUGCCUCGACGUUGAGCGGCACUCGUUUGCGAGUCAUCGGAUCUGCGGAGGUUUCCUUCAAGAGCUCCACCCGCUCCUCUCAACCCUUCCUGGAUGCGCCCGAGGUUGGUACACAUGCCCUUCUUGCCCUGUCGAGACAUCUGCUUCAACUCCGGGCAACGAGUACCUUGAUCUCAAUCCAUGCAAUCCAGAUCCAGCUGCGGCUAUUGCAUAAUGUGCAUAUGUGUUGCUACAUGUGCAAUAUGGCCGUGUCUACGGUAUUUCGGCGGCGUGGUGUCGCGACUCGGCUGUUGGCGGCGGCGGAGGAGCUGGCGGCGGAUGUGAUGAAGGAAUCGGAGAUGUACUUGCACUUGCGCUUCGUGGACAAGGAGGCAGCGGCUCUCUACGAGCGCGCGGGCUACCGCGCGCAGGCACAGCACUGGCCCAUCGCGCCGAUCUUUGGUAUUCAGAGAAUGAAGCUGAUGCGCAAGGAUCUGCGGCGUUAA